AUGUGGGCGAUUGAUAGCGGUGCAACACAUCACAUCUGCUAUGACAAGUCCAAGUUCGAAUUUCUGGACGAGCGCAAUGAAGGCGAAGUGUUAGUUGCAGAUGGGAACAAGGCUGCGAUCAACGGUGUCGGGACAAUCAUCGAAAAAGUGAUCCUGUCCAACGGUGAAGAGCGCGAAGUCGAGAUCAAGAACGCGCUUUACGUCCCAAGCUUUAACAAAACUUGCUUUCGAUACCACAAAUCAACAAAAGCGGCAAGUUUCAAGUGGUGUUUGAUGGUGACGAGAUGA